AUGGUGUUCUACGAACCAGGUAAAACGCCUCAUGGCCUCCCACGAGAUCCAUUCAAGUCCUGCGUAACCCCCCGCCCCAUCGGCUGGAUCUCCAGCCGCUCCCCCUCCAACAUCGACAAUUUAGCCCCCUACUCCCAAUUCAACAAUCUCACCUUCGACCCUCCAUACGUAAUGUUCUCAUCGAACCAAAACCUUUCAGCGCAACGUAAAGACAGCGUCAACAACGUCGAAGCAACGGGAAAAUUCUGCUGGAACAUGGCGACAUUUGCUUUACGAGAAUUCGUCAACAUGUCUGCGGAAGGAAUGGCUCCCGAAGAGGAUGAAUUUGAAAAAUGUGGAUUGGAGAAGGAGGAAGCGAGAACGAUUGGAAAUUGUCCUAUGGUGAAGGCUUCGCCGAUUAAAUUUGAAUGUGAGUAUUAUUCGACGUUGCGGUUGCCGGGGAGUCCGCCCAUGGGGUCUGUGGAUGUGAUUGUGGGGAGGGUGGUGGCGGUGCAUAUUGAUGAGAAGAUUCUUACGGAUGGGUUGGUGGAUUUGGGAAAGGCGAUGCCGAUUGCCAGGUUGGGAUAUCAUCAGUAUUGCGUGGUCAAGGCCGAGAAUAUUUUUGAAAUGGUGAUUCCUGGUGAUCCGAAGCUGCUGGUGGGUUUGGAGGGAAAUGCGGAUGGGCAGAAG